AUGGUGGCGUGGCUGGUGCAGCCCCGAAGGAAUGAGGUGGAGGUGACGUUCGAUGUGGGGGACGACCCGGCGUGGAGGGACUUCCAGGCCAAGGCGUACGGUGUUGCGGCGUUAAGGAAGUCGGUGGUGGGCGGAAUUGGGUCGGAAGAAGAGAGGUUGGUGCAGUCGGGUGGGGGUUCUACUUCUGCAUUGGAGACCAAGAGGAGGAGAUAUCUGUCGCUGGUAGAAGCGUACUACGCCGCGGCAAUUGACGGAGUGUUGCCGAUGGAUGAACCGUUGAGAGACUUGUGGGGGCGAUUCGAGAGUUGCAGUGCGACGUUCACGAGGCAUUUCGUGGUGUAUCAACACUUUCGACGACAAGGAUGGACACCCAAGCCCGGACUCAAUUACGGGGCGCCGUUCGUGCUCUAUCGUGGCUCGGCUGCGGAAUUCCACUCGGAGUACGUCGUGUACGUGCAAGACAGCGACGAAGCCUCGUCGUGGAACACCAUCCAGUCGCUCACGAGGAUCGCAGCGGACGUCAAGAAGACCGUGCUGCUGUGUACUGUGACUAUCGAGCAAGCUACAUCGACCAUAGCAGCCGACCAGCCGGUUACUGACCUUACCUUCGGCUCCUACAGCUUCCACGACGUCCAGUACACGGUGGAAGCCGUGGCGAUCCGCUUUUGGGACGCGGCAGUCGCCGACAGCCCGGAGUCUUACGCCUUCCAGCCCCAACCAGUACUACCGAAGAGAGCCAAGGCAGCCAGGAAGAAGAACAGGACCAAACGACCUAAACGCCAGCUUGAAGGCACCGGAAAUUCCACGUAA